UACUUCAUAUGCAAGCUUCCGCAGCCGGCGAAGCAGCGGUGGCAGUCGAAGGGGCGACAGAGAUCUUCCCUGCGUGCGCCGAUCGUCUCCACAUCUCGUUGGCUGUGUUUGGCACCCGUCGUUGUCGUCGAGGGAGCAAAAAAAUCUGUGUUUCCACUUUUUUUUCGUUCUUUUUCCGUUUGCCGCUCAAGAACGUGCGCCGCAGCGGUGGUGGGUGUGUUCUGUGGGGGGGAAAAAACAUCCGCGACGUACUCACCCCCAGCACGGACGUGACGACAGCGGCGACUUCCAGCAGGACACACAGGCGUCAUACACAGAAAAGGCGGCAGAAUGGGGCUCGAGAACGAGGAGCGGCUGCUGCUGCUAGACCCGGGCACGGCCAGCGGUACGCGACCCAAGCGCACCAGUUACGGUGCCAAUUACAACACCGCCGCCAUGACAGCCGCCGGCGCCGCCUCCUCGUCGGCGACAACCGGCAGCUUCGACACCGCAGGGCCCGGAUGCAAGGACAAUGACAGGUGGCCGCGACCAAAGAAGGUCUCUUACUGGAAACUGUUUCGCUAUGCCACAGCGCAAGACAUUGUCCUGCUGUUCGUGGGCACGGUCUUCGCAAUCCUCCAUGGUGCCGGCUGGCCACUACUGGCUAUUGUGUUUGGUCACAUGACAAAUGCCUUCAUCCACCAGCAGCAGGCGGGCUUCUACGAUGGCGAAAGCUCAAACUUGACCACGCUGCCGCCUCCUCAGACCUUUGGGGAAGCAAUAAAGCGAAGUGGCGCACAGUCCAUUUUUGACCCUGUAACCAUCCUGGAGUACAACAUCAUCAUGAACAAGUUUGCACUCACUUAUGUCAUCAUUGCUGCUGUGGUCUUCGUGUCUUCAUUUGUACACGUGUGGUGUUGGACCAGAGCCUGUGAUCGUCAGCUGUACAGACUGCGGCAAGAGCUGUUCUACUCGCUCCUACGGCAGGAUGCAGCCUGGUUUGACCGGCACCGUGUCACUGAAGUUGCAUCAAGAAUGAAUGAUGACAUGGAACGUCUGCGUGAGGGGAUGGGUGACAAAAUGGGCCUCUUCAUCCACUACCUGUCCACCUUUGCAUCUGGCUUUGCCACAGGGUUUGUUGAGAGCUGGGAGCUCACCCUGGUCAUCAUGUCGGUCACACCACUGCUUGCCUUUGCCUCAGCAUUCCUGGGCAAUAUGGUGUCCCAAUCAGCUGCCAAGGAGCAAGAAAAGUAUGCACAGGCUGGGGCAGUGGCCCUGGAAGUUCUAAGCAAGAUACGAACUGUGGCUGCCUUCUGUUCUCAAUAUGGCGAGCUGCAGCGGUACAUGACUGCUCUAGAAGCGGGCAAGACUGCUGCAAGGCGCAAGUACGUAGCCAUGGCAUUUGGAUUUGGUCUGACGUUUGUGGUCCUCUACGGUGCCUAUGCACUUGCUUUUUGGUACAGCUCGGUUUUAGUAGCAGCAUCCAGGCUGGAUCCCGGCAGGGCGUUCAUUGUAUUCUUCGCAGUCAUGGUGGGCUCAUUCUCGCUGGGAAAUGCUCUGCCGCAGCUCAACAGCAUCGCUGUGGCACAAAUGGCGGCUGGUCGUGUCUUUGAAGUGAUUGACCGAAGGCCUGAUAUCGACUCAUACUCUGAACUUGGUGUGCAGCUAAAACAAUUCACCUCUAACCUCUCUUUUAAGGACAUCAGCUUUUUUUAUCCAAGAUGCCCAGGUCACAUGGUCUUGCGAGACGUGAGCCUGGAAGCCGGCGAAGGUCAAGUUGUGGCCAUCUGUGGGACAAGUGGCUCGGGGAAGAGCACACUACUCAACCUGGUUGUGCGCUUCUACGACCCCUGUUAUGGCGAGAUUACUCUGGACGGCGUGAACUUGAGGUCCCUGAGCGUGCGGUGGCUGCGUUCCAAAGUUAGCCUUGUGAGCGAGCGGACAACUUUGUUCAACUACUCCAUUGCUGAGAACAUCCAGUUUGGCCAGGAGGACACCACAAUGACUGAAGUUGUGGAGGCAGCCAAGCUAGUUGGCAUGCACGAGUUCAUCAUUAGCCUUCCUAAGGGUUACGAGACAGAGAUAGGUGAGCAAGGCUGCCAACUGAGUGAAGGGCAACGCCAGCGGUUGGCCAUUGCUCGAGCAAUGGUCAAGACCCCCCGUAUACUGCUUCUGGACAAUGCAACUGGUGCACUGGAUGCGGCCUCUGAAACCCACCUUCUGCGCACCCUUGCGAAGGGCAGUCCUCGGCGCACAACGGUGGUGGUAACACAGCGGCUGUCGACCUUACGAGAGGCAGACAUGGUGUACGUGAUGGACGAGGGCCACGUUGUGGAGCAGGGCAAACAUGAGGACCUGGUGGCAAAGAAAGGGUUCUACUUCCAGCUCAUGCUCAGCCAGCUCACAGAGAGUGAAGAUACUGAGGCUCCGGCACCUCCACCCGAGUCCUGUCGUCCUGCCUCAAGACAGGACGAAGAUGACGAAGAGGAACAGCUGCGAAGACGCAGGAAGGCAUUGCUCUUGGAAAGCAUCUCUCCAUUUGAUCGCGAGUGCAGUCGUCUCGCUGAUGACUUCAUCAAGGAGGAUGUUGAACUUCCAUCUGCCCGAAAGAUUUUGCAAAAGGCCCGGCCCGACUGUGGCUGGUUCUUUCUGGUCUCACUGGCUUCUCUUGUGGUUGGAGCAUCCCUGCCUGUCUUUGCAGUAUUCUACAGCGAAAUAUUCAAUACGUUCACCCUGGUUGGGCAAGAGAUGCAAGAUGCUGCUUUCUUCUGGUCCAUGAUGUUCCUGGUCCUGGCAGCUGCUAGUGGUCUGGGGCACUUCUUCAGGACGCUGGGUGUAGGCAUUGCUGGGGAGAACCUGACAUUCCGCCUGCGGGUCGCUGUGUUGGCCAACAUUCUGCGGCAACACAUGGGCUGGUUUGACGAAGAUUCCCACUCCUCGGCCAAACUGGCCUCUCGGCUAGCGAGUGACGUUCCUGUUGUUAAAACCGCAGCAGGCUACCGCCUGGCAGUAAUGUUCACAGCGCUCGUCACACUUGGAACGAGCUUGACACUGGCCUUUGCCUUCGGCUGGAAACUGGCCCUGGCCCUGGUGGCCAUUGUGCCCAUCCUGGCCUUGGCCGGUGGCCUGCAGCUGCGUGUUGAAAAGGCCUCCCAGCGUCGCGAUGCGCACCUCAUGGCUCAUGCUGUUCAAGUGACCACAGAGAGCAUAGAGAAUAUCAGGGCUGUUCAAGAGCUAAACCUGGAACCCACCUUUUUUGGCCUGUUCGUCAGCCACCUACUUGUGCCACUUAUAGAAUCGAAAAAGCGGAGCAUCCUGUUCGCACUCUCCUUCGCCUUCUCGCAAGGUGUGAUGUUCCUAGUAUACGGCUGUGCUUUUCGUCUGGGUGCCUUCCUGGUUACAAGGGGGGAGAUGGAAGCCACCAAUGUUUACAGGGUGUUCUUCACAAUGGCGUUCAGUGCGGUGUCUGUGGGCCAGUGGACUUCCAUGCUGCCCGACUAUCUCCGGGCCAGGCUGUCGGCUGGCCUAGUCUUCAACCUACUCGAAGCGGAGACUGAAAUCGAUGGUUACUCGGAUGGUGGCAUGCGGCCUGAGGUGAGCAGCCGAGUGUCCCUCAAGGGGGUCACCUUUGCCUACCCAAGCCGUCCGCAAGUCACAGUGCUCCAGGGGCUUGACCUUGAGCUAAGCCCAGGCGAGAUGGUGGCACUGGUAGGCGCCAGUGGCUGUGGCAAGUCCACCGUGGUCGACAUUCUUCUGCGUUUCUACGACCCCCAGUGUGGGCAAGUGUACCUGGAUGGCGUGGAUGUACGUGCAGUCAACGUAGGAUACCUGCGGCAAUGCAUAGUGGCCUGCGAGCCACGGCUGUCCUUAAUGGACCGCACCCUCGGGGAGAAUGUGGUGUAUGGCCUUGACCCCUCUUCCGGGGUACCCAGCCAGGAGGAGCUAGAAGAGGCAGCCCGCAUGGCACGUUUGCACGAUUUCGUCAGCCAACUCCCCUUGGGCUACGACACACCCCUGUGUAACUCUGCCAUGACACAGCUGUCAGAAGGACAGAAACAGCGAGUUGCGCUUGCACGGGCACUUGUGCGCAAGCCCCCCAUUCUGGUCUUGGAUGAGGCUACGUCCGCCUUGGAUGCUGAUGCUGAACAGGCUGUCUUGGAAGCAGUAAAAAAUAACCUGGGGGAUCGUGCCUGCAUCUUCGUGAGUCACCGCCUGUCUGCCAUCAAGGUGGCGGACCGCAUCGCAGUCAUGGACCAUGGUACUAUCAUGGAGCAGGGAACGCACGCGCAGCUUAUGCAGAUGCAGGGCGUGUAUCACAGGCUCGUAGAGAAAAGCCUUAUUUUGGCGUGACACAGGAAAAAGCUUACACACGCUAACAUAGAUUACGUGUUUGUCACAUCAACAGCCAUCAAUCAUCAUCAUUAUUGUCUACGAAGGAGGGGCACCAUAUUGCCAUUCGUAUUGCCACCAGAGGCCUUAUACGAAAGCUUGGCUCUUUACUGCGGUGCAUUUUUCUGAAACAACCAAGACUCAUAGAAGCUCCAUGCUACUCACAGUUACUCCCACUGUGCAAAUGUUGUGUUGUGCACUCCACUCACUGACAAUCUAAGAAUUCAAUGUGAAUGCUGCCCUCAAAACCACUGCAACUGCCCUCCAUACUGCUGCACUCCAUGCUGCUUCAUUCCAUGGUCUAUUUCCCGGGAGAUGCCGAUACUGAAAGAAAAUUCACAUAUGCUACAAAAUCACAUAAAUGAGCAAACAUAAUUGGCUGGCGCAUUUACACAAAUUUCUUUAGUGUUGAACAGUACUGUAUUCGCCACCGCAUUCUGUGGUUGUCACCCGCUUAUACAUUUAAGGUUUCUGGUAAGUAGCUGGAGCUGUGGGGCAUCACGUAGCAUGGAACUCUGUGGCAGAAUUUCUCUCACUGGGUCACCUGUGCACCUCGGGAAAGGAGACACACAGCACCAUUGUAUGUUUGUUUCCGACUGGUGGAUGCACUUAACACAAUGUGAUCUUUGGCUUCUGUUA